GACCACCGUUGCUAUGCGACAGCGCGGCAGCACAAACCAACCACCAGGAGUAACCAAAUUUUCAUCUCCUUGAAUGAAUUUUUAUUUGCCAAAUCCAGCCAUGCCGCUCCCUGACACCAUCUAUUGUUCCGAGCAAAUCAACGUGCCUCCCGGCCUGACAGACAUCCUGAAAAACUUCACCAAGGCGGCCAUCCGGGCUCAGCCCUCGGACCUCCUGUGGUGGUCUGCCGAAUACUUCAGAGCGCUGUCCACUGGGGAACCUCUGCCAGGCAGCGACAGGUUGGGAGCAAAGGUCAACAUUCCAAGAGCAGGCCUCACUCCAGCGCUCCUCAAGACUCUCAACAAACAAUUUUCAGAAGGACAGAAGUGCUCCAUAGAGGACCUGCAGAAGAGCUGGGCAGAUCUGUGUCUCUCCGAGGAUCAGCUGAGGACCCUUCUGUCGUUGGGCAGCUUCAGCUCUGACAUCGAAUGGCUGGACUUCUUCGCUUUGGGCUGCAGUUCUCUGGGCGGGACCUUGAUGGCGUCACUGAAGUCUGCUUGUGAGAUACUGACUGAAGACGAAGAUGACGGUUCGGCCACCAUCCCUUUCGCUAUAUUUACCAGGAUGUACUCCUACCUGGCCAAGCUGGACGGAGACAUUCCGCAAGACCAAAUGGACAGCUUCAUCGCCUGCCUGAAGAAUAAAGCUGAUCUCCAACAGGGAAUGAUCAAGCCCGAUGACUUCAUCAAUCUGGAGCAAGACAGUUAAAGGAGGAUCUGUUUUUUGGCAACUUUGGGCAGGUUUGAAUGGGAGACCCUCUUUUCAGAUGCGCGGCAGUGUUCUGGAAAUGUCACUCGAGGCGCAGGGAGCAGGUGAGAAGAGAGUAAUGACACCCGGCACAUCCAAGACUGUGAAAGAGGAAGAAAAAAGAUCCCUAUUUUGGGAACAGCUGUGACACUCUGUGACACACACCAUGUUGGCACGGUUAAACUCUCCUUUGUUCAGUCACAUAAUUCAACCUCUGAGAAAUAAGGACGGAGACGAUCAUCAUGUCUUAACAUGAGGCCGACAAGUUUAUGAAUGCAACUGCAUAAAACUGUUCUGAUCUGGAGUCUGGUGCAAGCAAGUUAGUGUGCAUUUUUAAGUCCAGCCUUACUCUUUGACUUCUCUUUGGAAUUUUUCUUUUUCUUUCAUCAACAGUGGGCCUUUUUGUUUUUGCUUUCACUUUAGUGUUAAUGUGUGUUUGAGCUAUGAAAAAAAGGAACAGUGACGUGUUUGUCCUGCGUCCGCACAGCUUUCACUGACAAGUUUUUAGAAUGAAAAAUGCAGUGAAAGUGUCUGGAUUUUGAAGUGCUUUCGGUGGCAGAUGCGAAGGCUGAUGCUGUUCAGCUGCUUGCUGACAAGUGUGUAUUUAUCAGAGUGAGACAAAAUCCAUUCUUUUGGGAAACUAUUUUCUUACACUUUACGUGAUGUAUGGACUUUCUGUCACCCGUUGGUGGCAGGAAGUAUUUCUAAUUGUGCUCUUAAACGUUUGCAUGUCCACACUUGACAGUUACAAAGCCGCCACCAAACUUGCUUUUUAAUUUCCCAAGUUUCCUUUUCAAGUGCGUCCCUGGUUAUCGAGCGUCUGGCACUUCACAUUAGCGGAGUAGCAGGCAGGACAUCCGUGAAGCAGUUGCAGGUCACAAUUCCACUCGGAGCCACUUGCCCUGUAACCCUUCUGAGAAAAGCUAAUCUGCUUUGCUGUGCAUGGAGCUCUUCAUUAAACUUAUAGGUGUGUGUUUAGGUUUCUGCUGCAUCAGCAGAGAACCAUAACUCUACUUAAACACAGACCCUCUGACGACCCCUUUGAAAGGUUUUAUUUAACAUAAUUGUUUUCACUUCCACAGGGACAUGCACAGAUAGAGCCCCAGUGGUGCUGGAACACCAGCUCUUUUUCCAUUCAUCAGUAAAGUUCCCUCUUCAUUCUUAUUCUUCUCUUCAUGAAGCAGCCCAAAUGUAUGUUUGCUAGAAUCAUUGUGAGUUGCCCUGUAUGUUAUUUGGUUGUCAAGAGAUGGCCUAGUUGUUCAGUCUGAUAUUUCAAAUUCACUCACAAUAAAAUGCAUUAGAUUUAAACGUGGCGAACCUGCAACCUGGGGUUUCUCAGGCUUGUGCUCUGACCGCUGUUCCACUGUGAAGUUGCAUUCUGCACAAAAACACGCCAAACAAAACAACCCAACAUCUUUUUUUUUUUUUUUUUUUUUUAGAAUGGGAGUCCAUUCCCACACUUCUAAUGGAACUUUCCUGACAACCUGUAACGCAGCUUGUAGACCAUUCUGGGACUUUACAGAACCAGCAGCCAGUUCAUCAAUCGCCAUUCAUUCUUAAUCUCAACUGUGCAUCUGUGUAAGUUAACAUUUUAUGUUGGAAAGUUUGACAAAAAAUGAGUGUGAUUCAACUCCGUUUUUACACAGAAGUGACACUGCGAAAAGAAAAGAAAUGAAGGGCUAAUAGUCAGUUAGUUAAAGUGAGUGCAGUCUUGUGCUUAACUCCAUCCUUCUCGCGUCUUCUUCAGUGACCAGAUUGAAACGCUGUGCUUCUGAAAAACACAUGCCCCUUGAAUUAUGGAGUGAUUAGACUGAAGCCAAAACGUGACCUAUAAACCAUAAAAGAUGAUCACAGGUUUGUGGACUCACUGCGCUCUCGCACCACAUAAGCACAGCAGCCGGGUGUUGGUGGGAAGCACCGACUGACAGGAGAUCUUUGUGUGGCUGGCGUGCUUCAGGUUGGAAACUGAAGAGAGCACAGUGUGUUUGGAGUGUGAAGGCUGUUUGUGGUUCAAGAUAAAUAAAAUCAUGAAUGUUUGAGCUUGUCUCGCCCAAACAGAAGCUGUUUACUUAUGAGGUGGAUGUAGGACAGCGCUGGAGAAAAGAAUGUGACAGAUGUGAUUCUGCUCGUACUGACUGGAUACAAAAUCACCAAAGAACAUCCAAAGAUUUAGCUCCAGUAAAGAAGUUAUAGAGAUUUUUUCAAAAUAUUUUCAGAUUCUGCUCAAAAGUUUUAUAUGAAUACAGUCAAAAAAACCCUCCGUAUCAUGUAUAAAUUGUAACAUUUAAAUUGUGGCAUCUAUUGCAGCUGCUUGCGUUGCUGUUUAAAAAAAAAUCAUGGCGAAACCUCAAGCACGUCUCAAACAGAGUGUUCCCUGAGGUCCUUGACAGAUUACGUUGCCAGAGGGUCUUCAUUCCAUUUUCAUUGAAGAUCAUCAACUUUUAAGAGGCGGAAAGCAUCACAAGUAAGCGUUUCAUCAGCUUUGUCGAGCCAGAAUCACGUUUCUUUUCUUCGCUGAAGUGGAACAGUUCAAACUGCUAUUCAUCACCAGUAAUCUGCCGUUCUUAAUGGUUAAACCUCUAUAAUUCUUAGAUUUAAAAAAGCACUCGAACAUCGUCUUGACGAAGGUCAAGAAUGGGUCAUAAUGGCUCGAAUUAAUCUGUUACUUUCAAUUUUAAAUUAAAAAGCAGCACUGCGUGGUUUAAGAAUCUAUGUUUUUCUAUUCACGUUUAUUAUUUUUUUUAUGAGGAAGGAUGGUGGCGAAACAGGUGGCAAUAUACACGACACUGUCAAGCACAUGCCUGUACUUGCAAAGGGAACUUCAGAAACACCUAUCUUUCAUUCAACAUCAGGAAUUGAACUCUGUCAAUCAGCCAGUGAGGAAAGUUAUGAUCCAGCGAGAGGCUGAAGCAGCUGCAAGACCGAUUGACCCAGAUUAUAAAACUUUAUUUGCCUGUCUCUAACAAAAGAAUGUGGAUAUAGUAUAUUAAAAUCUAAUAAAUGUAGCUUUUUGUCCUGCACAUUCCCUCCUGGGUGUGAAUGUAAUAACUCUUUGUCCACGCUGGUGUGAGCUCUUGGUUGGUCGGGUUCCUGUUUUCUGUUCCAGGACCCUUCCAUGAAUGAUCGCCCCUGAGUUCACUUAGCAGCUGUAAGCUUGUCUGGUGGUCCCGUAGGUUUGUUAUACUAACAGCAAGAGAGCCAGACUCUUAAUCUGUAUGACGCCUACAUCACAGAAAAUAUGAAAAUAAUCUAUGUCAAAAUCUGAUUUAUCAUUGCUUCAAAACAUUGGAUUCUGGUGUUCCACUGGGCUCAAUUUAGGUGCCUUUUGAAAUGUGCAUAUGCACUGAACUUUGAAUAUUAAAAUAGAAUAUUAAGGAAGUAAAUCUGGGACUGCAAUGUUUGCUAUCUUCACAAGAAAACAGGACGUGCACUCACUAAAUACAUACGAAACAAAAUUUAGAGCUGCUGACUUACAUGGGAAAUUCGACGCUAUUGUGAUCCUAAAAAUGAAGAGGUUUCCACGUGUGGCAUCAAACCCGCCCCAGAGACACAGGAGAGAUGCUCUCUCAGCUGGAGGUAGGCUUAGUAAUGAUGUGUUCACACUGAGAGGGUUGUGUACUUGUUUUUUUUCCACAGCAGGUGUUGUCACAGCCUCUAUGUUUUCAUUACCAAGAGCAAACUAUGGCUUUUUCAUUGUAGCAUACUUUAAUUUCAAAGUUCACAAUCUGAGAACGUGACUGUUUCUUUGUGUUGUUCGCCAACGUUCUCGUGAAGAAUUUUGAAAACCUCCCAGCGCUGCUUCCCUUCUCUGCUCUGACAUGCUCCCAGUAGUUUCAGCAGCGUCCCGACUGACCGGGAAACUCAGAGGAUGUAGGUGGACCAGGACCUGGUGGUGCGAAUUAGGGACUGCUUAGUACAGAGGUGGGCAAUUACAUUUCCUGAGGGGCCAGGUUACAUGUUGUGACCGUUCAGAGGGGCCGUCACACACAAAGAAAGGAGUGUCAGCGAAAAUCGAAAAUAAAAAUCAAGUGAUGGCAUGAAGUGUGAUUAUGAAAUAAUGCUUUAUAAAGGCACAGAAAGUGUUUUUUUUCCAUUGUUCCAUUUAAAGAUUCUCAAUCUACUUUCAAUUCUGAGGUACUUUAAGGGACAAGAA